AUGAUUAGUCAUGCGUUGGAUUGGCAAGAAGAUCCAAAAAACAAUAAUGAAAUUCCAAGUGGAGCAAUUAUUAAAGGACCCACAAUGCCACCAGCAGAUUAUAUAUUUAAUAAUAAUGCUACCAUAGCCGAAAAUGACAAGCAAGAUACAGGAAAUUCAACAUCAGAAACUUCUGUUACAUUUGCUUUAGAACCAAUUAAUUAUGAAUCAUUUACAUUUAAUCGUAAAGAUAAAAAUGAGAAGAAAAAAUCAACAGAAGCUGAAUUAAUGGCAAUAUUAAAUGAACGAGAAUUAAAUCCAACAAUGAAACGAUGUGCAGCUAGUGACAUAUCUCUAUCAACAAUAAAAACAGUUUCUCGUUCAAAAGUUGGUGAUAGUGGUCUUCAAUGGCAUCAUCGAGCAUAUGAACGAUGUAAACAACAAGCAAAAGAUGAACAACGACCAUUAGAUGAAAUUGUUUCAGAAAGAUAUGGUUCGAUGGAUAAAUUGUUAUCGUUAAUUAAUGAGGCUGAAGAUUUAUCGGAUGAUCGCCAUCAUUCUCGACAUAGAUCUUCAAGGCAACAUGAUCAUCGCUCAUCGACAUUUUUACGUCCAAAACAGCAUGAUGAUUAUCGAACAUCAUCAUCAUCAUUGGCCGCAUUAUCAACAGGUGAAGAUAAACAAGGUUCAUGGAGAAAACGAAAAGCUGAAGAAGAGAUUGAUGAUAGAAGUCAAAAACAUGUUCAUCACGAAAAAGAACCGGAUAUAAACCAAAAACAACAACCAAAAGUUGAAGAUGAAUUAAUAUCUGAAGAAAAUUUAAUUGAAUUAAGAAAACAAUUGAUUAGAGCAGAAUUAAGAGAUGAUGAGGAAAUGUCGGAACAACUUCGUAUUGAAAUUAAACGUAUCGAUGAUUUACGAUCUCAUCCUCAAGCAUCUGAACAUAAUCCUCUUGAACCACCUGAAACUCAAGGAAAAAAAGUUCUUGUAUUGACCACAAUCGAUCGUUAUGGUGUUGAAAAACCCGUGCACGAUAGUCACACUACACAUCGUCAACAAUCGACGAAACACGAUCGUCGUCGAAUGAAAAAAGAAGUGAAAAAAUUGCGAGAACAAGAUAAAGAUCCUGAGAGAGAGGGAUUAACAUUAACAGAUCUUGUUGAACAAGAACGUUUUUCCACUAAUAAUUAUUCACCAGUAAUGCCUAGCAGUCGUACAACAUCUCAUCAAUCACUGUCAAGUGAUCGACAUUUAUUAAAUAGUACAAGACAUUUACAAGGUUGGGCACGUAUACACGCAUUAGCUGAUCAGCGAAAACGUCAACAAACAUUUGAACAAUGUUGGUUGUGUAUUGAAAAUUUAUCUAAAGAAUAUAUAUUUGGUUUACGAGAACAUUGGUAUCUAUGUGCACCACCACAUCAAUCACUUAUAGAUGGUCACUGUUUUAUAGCACCCAUACAACAUACAUCAAGUCGAUUUCAUUUAGAUGAAGAUGUUUUAACUGAAUUAGAUGAAUUAAAGUCAAUGUUAACUGGUAUUUUUCGUGACGUCUAUUCUCAAGUACCUAUAUUUAUUGAAACCUUCAAAAAUCCUCGAUUAUUACCUCAUAUGUAUAUUGAGUGUAUUCCGAUACCUUAUGAUCAAGCAAAUUUAGUUCCCAUGUAUUUUCGUAAAGCUUUGCUUGAAUGUGAAUCAAUGUGGGCACAAAAUAAAAAAUUAAUCGAAAUUCAAGAGAAAUCUUCACGAGCACUAAAACAAGUAGUACCUAAAGGAUUACCAUAUUUUUGUGUUGAAUUUCCACGUGAUAAACAUAUUUAUGGUUUUGCACAUGUAAUUGAAGAUCGUGGACAAUUUUCGUUAUAUUUUGGACGAGAAAUCCUCGGUGGUUUGCUACAUGUAGAUAAUCCACAAUUAUGGCGAAAACCAGGAAAAGAAUCAGAAGAGAACAUUAAGCUAAAAUAUUACAUUUAUAAUGAUCAAAAUGAUGACGGUGAAUUGAUCGAUAUUGGCAUACGAUUAAAGGGGAAUAAUCAAGAUUUUCUUGUUGCUGAUUUGAUUGCAGAGGAAAGGGAUAUGAUUAACACCGGUUCGAUUAAAGGUUUGGAUCUUUAUCAUUUUCAAAUUCAACGUAAACGUUCUUCACGUUCAAAACGUUCAAUUGAUGAUUUAGUCAAUGAAUUGAUGACAGAUGAUCGUGUUGAACAUGUUUAUCUUGGUAAAACACUUGAACGUCAAAAACGUGAAUUUAUUGAUGAAGAUGAAUUAGAAGAAGAAUAUCGUCGACGAAACUAUCGUAAAUGGAAUGAUAAUGAAUAUGUCAAACGUCUAGAAGAUGAAGAAGAGACGCAGAAAAAAAAUUUAUUUGAUUCAUUGUCAUUAGAUCAAUAUCAAUUUAAAAUGAAAUUUGAUGAUGAAUUUUAUCGAAAACAAUGGUAUUUGGAAAAUGAAGGACAAAUGGAUACUCCGGCUAACCAUGAUAUUAAUGUCAUACCAGCAUGGCUUGCUGGUUAUUCUGGUAAAAAUGUGACCAUUUGUAUCGUCGAUGAUGGUCUUGAUCAUUCACAUCCGGAAUUGAAAGAUCGAUAUUUAGCCCAUUUAAGUUAUGACUUGAACGAUCUAAAUGACUCUGAUCAUGAUCCUGCGCCUAGGACAAAUGAUUCUGCAAAUAAUCAUGGCACAAGAUGUGGUGGUGCAGCAGCUGGUGAAGCAAAUAACCAUUUGUGUGGAGUGGGAGUAGCGUACGGGUCAUACAUAUCCGCUAUUCGUUUAUUAGAUGGCCGUAUAACAACAUUGUUAGAAGCACGUUCAUUGACAUUCAAAGCUGUUGAAAUUUCAAUUAAAUCGGCGUCAUGGGGUCCAACAGAUGAUGGAACAAAAAUGGAAGCACCCGGAACAUUGGUUAAUGCUGCACUCGAUUAUGGAGUUCAACAUGGUCGAAAUGGGAAAGGUUUAUUAUUCGUAUGGGCUUCCGGUAAUGGCGGAGCAGCGGGAGAUGAUUGUUCAGCUGAUGGAUAUGUUUCUCAUCAAAAUGUCAUCUCAAUCGGUUCAAUUAAUCAUUUGGGUAAAACAACUUAUUUUGGAGAAUUUUGUCCAUCAACGAUGGCUGUUGCAUAUACUGGUGGUCGUCAUGCAAAAAGUGGUCAAGAAAAAUAUUUGCCAGUUGGAGUCGUUGCUGCUGAUGUUGGUGGUCAAUGUACAACAAAAUUUUUUGGUACAUCGGGCGCAGCUCCGGUAGCAGCAGGUGCAUUUGCCCUGGUAUUAGAAGCUAAUCCCGAUUUAACUUAUCGUGAUGUUAUGCAUAUCAUAGCUGAAACAGCUCGUAUCCCAAAUUUAAGUGAAACCGAUGACUGGUUUAUUAAUGGUGCUGGAUUUCAUAUUAGUGAUAAAUUUGGAUUUGGUGUAUUGGACGUAGGACAAAUGAUUGCUAAAGCACAAAAUUGGACAAAUGUACAACCGCGAUGCGAAUGUUAUCAUGAAUAUACAGAAUUGCCGAUUCGUCUUCCUCCAUCUGGUGUGAUUAAAAUUCAUUUGGAUGUUCUUGAAUGUAUUAAUGUGACAGUACUAGAACAUGUUGUGGCUAAUAUUUCAUUUACCUUUAAUCGUCGUGGAAAUGUCAAAAUAACUUUGAUCUCUCCGAGUCAAACACCAUCGGAAAUGUUAUCAUUUCGACCAAAUGAUGCAACUAACAAGGGUAUUAAUUAUUUUCCAUUUUUAACUGCUCACAAAUGGGGCGAAUCACCAAUAGGUCGUUGGGUAUUACUUAUUGAAACUCGUCGCUCGACUCAUUGGACCGAUGAUCAAGAUGUCGAUGGUGGUGCUCUAACAUAUUUCGGUUUGAAAAUGUAUGGAUCUACUACUCCAGAUUCUAAACUUGAUCGGUCCAAACGUAGCGGUACGGAUGGAUUUCGUCCAUCUGACACUGAGAUCGAAUGGAUUUAUAAACGUGAAUUAUCUAUUCGAGACAAACCAAAUGUUCUUCAAUCUCGACAAUAUCAACAAAUUCGUUCACAAAAUAAACGUACAGAUGAAAUCAAAAAAGAUGAACAAGAAGGUAGAUCAGUAUUCUCAUCAUUUCAACGGAUAUUUCAUUUUUAG